AUGAAUUGUGAAUAUAUGAUCCAAACAGUUGCUCAAGGGUAUUUCAAAAAAGUAAACCUUGAAGGACAAUUUAAAAAAUUAAGAUUUGAGAUCCAAACAGUGGGCAAUGUGUAUUCACUCAUCAUUAAAAACAUCCAAAAGGAAGAUGAAGGUACAUACUUAUGUCAGGCAGGAGAAGCCUACAGGAUAGUAUUCAUUAAUGGCACGAAGCUGGCAGUGAAACAGUAUGAUGUGCUAACUUCUCAAGAGACUCUGUUUGGCAUCAGAACCACAGCUGAAACAAUUGUGUUUCAAACCAUCAGGGUUUCUCAUCAGAUCACUCAAAUAGGAGCUUCGCUUGGUGACACUGUGACUUUGACAUGCAACGUUACUGGCCAUAAAAAUGUGUCUAUUUACUGGUACAAGGUGAAUUAUGGAGAUAUAAUUCAGACAGUUGCAAGUAUAGGGCUUCACAUAGUAACACUGGAAGCAAAGUUUUACAGCCCAAGAUACAGUAUUAUAAAAGCAGGACAUGUGUAUUGUCUCACUAUACGAAAUGUUCGCAAAGAGGAUGAAGCCACAUAUAUGUGUCAGGCUAUUGCAGCAAACAAAGCGGCGUUCAUAAAUGGCACACAUUUGGCUGUGAAUGGUAAGAAAUAUUCAUUUUGUUCUGAAAACUGUAUUUGGGUGAAAAAAUGUAUAAACUGUGUUUAUUAUUUGCUCUUGAAUCACUCAGGUCACAAAAACAAAAAGUCUGUCUACGUGAAACAAAUUUCAGAAACAAUAUCUGUCCCGGUUGGCACAGAAAUAACUUUGGAGUGUUCACUUACGUUACUAGAGAAAAAUCAAACAAGAGAUCGACGUGCACCUGAGCACAGUGUGUUCUGGUAUAAAGCUGGUUCACAAGCCGAUCCAGGAGUGAUGUAUGCUGAGAGGGACAUCUGUGACACAGAAGCAGGAAGGAGCUGCAGCUACAGAUUGUCCAAAACUAUACAGAACCCCUUGGAUACUGGGAUUUACCACUGUGCUGUUGUGACAUGUGGAGAGAUCCUGUUUGGAGAAGGAACGAAAGUGGAAUUAGGUAGGUAG